AUGACAGCAGCCCCUCCUGGCCGCACCAGGACGAACGUCGAAUCGCAAUGGAAUGGGUCGAAUUGCAUAUGCGAGGCAACCUCAUGCCAAGAAAUCGUGUCCCCCUUUUGGACAACCCUCACCAUCCAACGCAAACCAUCGCUAAUGGUGUUUCCUGCGGACAGGCUACUUGGCGGCCAUGACAUUAUUAGGUCCUUUGAUUCAAAUCCCAGUCUCUCGACGAAGGAGUGUAACCCCACGCGACCUCGAACAGGCUCGCGUUCAAACCUCAAGCUAUACAAGCCUGCGCAUCCAGUGCACAUCCCUCCUGCAAUUCAUCUUCCUUUGGCGGGCCGUACUCAAAGAUCCUGA